AUGGGGAGGGCUAACAACAAGAAAAUACCACUCAUCAUCUCAUUCUUCUCUCUUGUCUUCUUCAACUCGGCGCGAGCCCUGUGUGUGCCACGCAACUCGUCAAACCAUCACGCCUCUCCACCAUCGCAUUCUCCUCCGAAGGUAGAUCCUCCCACUAGCCAUAUUUCUGCCCCGUCUCCAUCGGUAUAUCCUCCGUCCGAGUCCGUUUCACCGUCGCACUCUCCACAGGGACAACCUUCAACCGCUCCUUCAGGAUCUCCAUUAGUUUCUCCUAGUUUACCAACAAAUCCCGCCAUCAAAAAAACAUGUGACGCCACAGACUACCCUGCUCUUUGCCUCUCCACCUUAGCUCCAUUUCCGAUCGGCAAGACAGACCCCCUCUCUGUGCUAGAGUUGGCAGUAAGGGCUUCCAUCCAACACACAACCAAGGCGCUGGCCAAGGCUACACAACUCGCAGCCGGAGCCGACAGCUCCGAAUCCAUCUUGGACUGCAAAGACAUUUACGACGAUGCUCUAGAUAACUUUGAGAAUGCCAUGGAUGCAAUCCAUCCUCGUGACAUUGGCACAGUCAACACCAUGCUUAGCGCGGCUUUGACAGACUUUGACACAUGCGAGGAUGGAUUUGAUGGAGAGUCCCCAUUUUCUUCCUACGAUGACAAGGGUACCAAGUUGGCUAGCAUUUGCCUUGCCAUUGCUUCCUUGGUGAAGUGAUAUGUUUCUUGGUGAAGUGAUAUGUUUCAUUCUCUUCCUAAGAGAUUGAGAAGCUCUCUUGGGAUUCAAUUUAUAAGAGUUAUAACAGCAAUAAAAAAGCUUUGUAACGUAUCAAAUGUGAC